GUCAACAUAGAAGCCGCGGGAACAAAGCGUUUCUUCCUUGUAGCUAGCGCCGUUAACAAAUUAACAAGUUCGUCCUCGUGUGUUAAAACAAAAGUAUGGUCCACAAUGAAUGUAUAUAUGGUUUGUCUUACAUUGCAACGUUUUCCAAACGUCUCUCCUCAUCUUCUCUAUAUAUUUUGCCAAAGUUAAGAAAUAUUAGUCUUCAUCAAACUAUAAUCAUUUUCUCUCAACUUCAUCUUCCAUGAAGAGUGAGAACGUUAACAAACGUGACGACUAUCAACGGGUCUUUAGCUGCUUUGACAAGAGCCACCAAGGGAAGGUAUCCCUUUCUUCCAUCGAAAGAUGCGUCGAAGCUAUUAAGUCUGGCAAACGUGCAGUACCUGACCAAGAUACUACAAAUCCUAAUCCAGAGUCCACUGAUAAAUCGUUGGAGCUAGAGGAAUUCGUGAAGCUGGUGGAACAAGGAGAUGAGGCAGACAAGGAGAAGGACCUCAAGGAAGCUUUCAACUUGUAUGAAGAGAGUAGUGAAGGCAUCACACCAAAAAGUUUGAAGAGGAUGCUUAGUUUGUUGGGUGAGUCCAAAAGUCUCAAGGAUUGCGAGGUUAUGAUUUCACAAUUCGAUCUUAAUAGGGAUGGAAUUAUUAACUUUGAUGAGUUUAGGGUCAUGAUGCAAUAACUUAAUCUAUAUAGUUACAAAUAUCAUUUUAAUCUAUACUACUCUUCUUUACCAAAGGCUUGUAUGAACUCUCUGAAAUUAAGGUACUCUCUCUCUCUCUGUUA